AUGAUUUUGUCCAUUCGUCUCGUCUUGCGGUGUUGGUGGAUAGGGGCGAUCGGACUCCUCGCCAUCAACCUCUAUACAUUCAACAGCCGAAAUCUUUCCCAGGCUCUCCCGCCGAAACGUCUCGGUUCAGAAGUUGUUUCCCAAGAGAUCCCUGUACACGGCGUUGGCGCCAGCCUCGAAACUAGCUUGCGGAACGGCAACGGUAGCGACUACGACCAGUAUAAUUUCAAGAUCCACACCCUGUCGAGUCCUUCGUGUUCUCCUCUGGAAGAGAAAGAUGUCGACUUUACCUUGGUCACGCAGCUCUCCCCCAGCCGACUAGCGAUCAUGGAACAACACUGCGAGCGCUGGGGAAAUCAUCCCAUUUCUCUCGCAAUCGGAACUACGGAGGAUAUCGAGAACAUUGAAAAGACCCUGUCGGAGUUUGGUUGCCAAAAAAAUUUGGUCACGGUGAGCUUUGUGAGCGACUUCAAUUCCGAAGGAGAAUACCCCGUGAACCGACUCCGCAAUCUUGCCAUGUCUCGGGUCCAGACGAGCCACGCUUUCGUCAUUGACGCUGACUUUGUUUUGUCGACAAAUCUCUACCAGAUGCUCCGUCUACAUCGGGCUAUGCUUGCUACGGACCACUUGCAUACUUUGGUGGUACCAGCCUUUGAACUCCAAGCGGUUUGCAAUGAGCAAAACGAAAAUUGCACAGCCAAGCAUUUGGCAAUGCUUCCGGACACGAAGAAUGAGCUGGUGAAGCAGUACUGGACGGCAAAAGACCAUGUCGGCCCCAAUCCCAGUGUGACGCAGUUUAGAGAACAAGCUGCUUUUCAUGCGCACGCCAGUACGCGCUACGAAGACUGGAUGACACAACCUGCAGAAAAGCUCCUCCCCAUCGAGUGCGUGACUUCGGAUAGCUACGAGCCCUACCUCGUUGUCCGUCCUUGUCAAUUCCUCGCACCCUUUCAAGAGGCAUUCGUUGGCUACGGUCAAAACAAACUGACCUGGUUCCAGCAAGUCCGACGUAUGGGGUACAAGUUCUUUCAGAUUGGUGAAGGCUUUGUCAUUCAUUUUCCCCACGCCCGGUCGGUAGCGUCCGUCCAGUUCAGGCAGAAUGGCAAAAAGAACCCUUUUGGAGUGGGAGUGAAAGAAACUGCUUCCGCUUUCAAGCAAUGGAUGAAAGAACAUAUUCCAGACUCAACUCAAAUUCCGUAUUGUUCUUAGGGCAUUUUUCCGCGUCCGAAUCAAAUCUAAAUCCUUCAUGACGAAUCAGCUUUUAAUGUUGAUCAGCUUCAUCAAAUGUAGAUAAACAUCACCAUCGUUUCUUAGACAACGACGAAAAAUGUAGAUAAAUAUCGUCAUCGUUUGUUUAGACAACGACGAACUAUCCGAA